AUGUACAACAAUAACACGAUGAGCCUUGGAAUUGGUACCAGGUUGCUUCUGCUGCUGUUGUUGUCCAUCUUUUGUUUCGAUGCUGUCGUUUUCACAGGUGCAGGUGGACAAGGGUUUGAAAUUGAAGCAAGAAGACCAAUCUUGCAUCACAAGGGAAAUGGCUCUUUCCUCUUUGAUGUCAAGAGCUUCGGUGCUCGAGCUGAUGGCCGAACUGAUGACAGCGAAGCCUUCAUAGAAGCAUGGAAGGAGGCAUGUCAAGCAACAGGAAAGGUUAAACUUCUGAUACCAAAAGGAUUGUACUUGAUUGGCCCUGUUAAAUUUGCUGGCCCUUGCAAAAAUGUAUCAUCUCUUACUGUCUACAUGAAGACGUACGAAAUCAUGGUCGAUGGUUCUAACUUAGAAACUAAAUUUCAGGGUUAUUUAAAGGCUACAGCAGAGUUGUCUAAGUAUGGAUCUGGAACUGGUUGGGUUGAAUUUGGAUGGCUGGAGAGACUAACUUUAACCGGAGGUGGAACCUUUGACGGCCAAGGUGCCAAAGCCUGGCCUUACAAUAACUGCACCAACGAUUCCAAUUGUAAACUUCUUCCAACAGUAUGUUCUGUCUGA